GCCCUCGCCUUCCACUGGCACGAAAUGCCGAAGCUCACAGGGUCCAAGUGUCAGAGAGACCCUCAGGACCCCUGGCCCUGACAGAGGCUGACCUGGUUCCGUGGCUUUCGUGGGGCUGUACCUCAUGUUCGGCUACGGCGCUUCCCUGCUCUGCAACAUCAUCGGCUUCGUGUACCCCGCCUACGUGUCCGUCAAAGCCAUCGAGAGCAGCAGCAAGGAGGACGACACCACGUGGCUCACGUACUGGGUGGUCUACGGCAUCUUCAGCAUCGCCGAGUUCUUCUCCGACAUUUUCCUCUACUGGUUCCCCUUCUACUAUGCCGGGAAGUGCCUGUUCCUGGUGUGGUGCAUGGCCCCAGUGCCCUGGAACGGCUCCCAGCUCAUUUACCACAACAUCAUCCGGCCCUUCUUCCUCAAGCACCACCACGCCGUGGACAACAUGAUGGGUGACAUCGGCACCAAGGCCCUGGACGCGGCCUCCACCGUCACCCGAGAAGGCAUCAAAGCAUCCCUGAACGUGGCAGAGUUAAUGCAGAAGGCGAAAUGAGAGGGGCAUCGGGGCCUCCGGUACCGGCACUCCAGCCCCGAUCCUGGAGCAGUACCGGCACCAGCGGCUCCACUACCGGCACCACGCUCCCACUACUGAUACCGGCAACCCCCGUUCUGGCACCGACCUCCCCCAUACCGCCACUACAGAUGCCGGUACCGGCACCAUGCUCCCGGUACUGGUACCGGCAUCCUCCGUUCUGGCACUGAAGUCCCCCACACAGACGCCGGUACCGGCACCACGGCCCUGUUAACGGUACCGGCCAGCCCGGGCCGUUCCCGUCCGGGAUCCCGAGUUUCCCCAGCCCGAGUCCGUUGUUCCCCCGGUUCCCCAAUAAAGCCCGGUGCCCACCGAG